AUGGUCAAGUACUACGAUGAGAUUUCACCAGAGCUCGCCAAGUGGGUCGAGGAGCAGCAGAUGUUCUGGGUCGCGAGCGCACCACUGACCGGCGAUGGACACGUAAAUUUGUCGCCAAAGGGGCUGCAAGGGACGUUCCACAUCGUGAAUCCGAAUAAGGUGUGGUACGAAGACUGCACGGGUAGCGGGAGUGAGACAAUGGCGCAUAUCCGCGAACCAGGGAAUGGGCGAGUGACAAUCAUGUUUUGUGCGUUCGAGGGUCCGCCCCGAAUCAUGAGGCUCUUCUGUAAAGGCACGGUAUAUGAGUUCGGCACAAUAGAAUAUCAAACCCUGCUCCCUCCAGAGAAGCGUCUGCCAGGGUCACGCAGUGCCGUAGUGCUUGACGUGUACAAAGUCCAGACGUCCUGCGGCUACGCCGUCCCAUUAUACAACUUCGUCACGCAUCGCCCAACGUUGCUUAAUUGGACUGCGCAGCUCGCAGCCGCCGAUAUCGCCUCCCAUGGUAAUCCAGAAUCAGCAGACAUGACGCCAGAUUGGAAGGUGCCAGAAAAGGGUCUGAAGGCGUAUUGGGCAAGGAUGAACACGGAAAGUUUGGACGGCUUGCCCGCUAUGAAAGAUGCACACAUAUCAGCGGUGGCACCGACACACGCGCCAUCGGAGGGUCGAUGGGGUAAAGAUGUGACAGUGCGCACGAUAUAUGAGUUCGGCACGGCGGAAUUUGACACACUCGUCCCCGCAGACAAGCGUCUCCAUGGCUCACGUUUCGCUGUUGUUCUUGAUGUCUACAAAAUCCAGACAUCUUGCGGAUUUGGAGGGCCGCUGUAUUCGUUCGUUGCGCAUCGCCCCACCCUCAACUGGUCUGCCCAGCUCGCAGCGGCAGACCUGGCGUGUGAUGCGGAAGAAGAAAGUCCGUCGGAACCGCCUAAAGAAGACCUUUCAAGCCGUAAGAGUGGUUUGAAGGCAUACUGGGCCAAGACGAAUGUCGAGAGCCUCGGUGGUCUCACAGCGAUAAAGAGUGCACACGUGUCGGACGUAACGCCAGCACACGCACCACCGAGUGGAGAGUGGAGCAAGGACGCACAAGCGGCGCUCACAAACACGACUCGGCAGACUGGGGUAAACUCGAAGGUGGUGGAGGGAGCAAGCUGGAUUACCUAUGCGGAAGUGAUGAUGGUCCUCUCAGCAUUCCUUAUGGGGUUGGCUGUCUCUGCGAUGUAUGUCGAGGUUGCAUGUGUGACCCGAAGCUGCUGA